AUGAACAACAAUAGUAAUUCGCCUUCCACAUCCAAUGCUGCUCCAGCUUCUGCUGCUGCUGCUUCUCCUGCUGCAGCAACAGCGAGCAACGUCGCUUCUGAUUUAACAUUAAACUCAUUGACAAAAGAGAAAUUAAACAUUGUGCUUCAAAGAGCAAAACAACUCCAAGCAGCAGGCGAGCAAGAAGAUGGCAAAAACGAGUUUUCUCAAUUGAUGAAUCUAUUGCGUUUGCUUCAGCAACAACAAAGCCAAGCAUUACAGCAGCAACUCCAAGCCAAAUUACAGCAGCAACAGCAGCAACAGCAGCAGCAGCAGCAGCAAGCAUCCACCUCUACGCCACCUCCUGCUGCUAAUGCUGCGAUUCCAGCUGCUACUAUUGCUAAUGCAAACAUGACCAACCGUCAAUUGACACCUGCCGAGCUCCAACAACAACAGCAAUUGCAAAUUCAAUUAUUACAGCAGCAUUUACUGCAACAGCAAAUAGCAAACAACGGUGGCACUCCUUCUCCAUCUGGAUCAACUCCCUCCACACCCAAUGGGGCCAACAACAACUUGCAGUAUCAAAUGCUUGCUUACAAUCUCUUAUCCCAAAAUUUAGCAUCCAAUCAAUCCAGUGCAGCCAGUUCUCCUGCUACAACUGCUGCUACAGUGCCCAACACGGCUAGUCCUGUCACUAUUCAACCACAACCAGUUACUGCCAUGCCAGCACAGCCCAUCAAAGCAGAGCCACAACCAGCACCAACACAGCCAGCACAACCUGUUGUGGAAGAAGUACCUAAAACCAUGGCAGAACGACUUGUAGAAGCCAUUUAUUUGCAGGCCAACGAACUCAACGCACUUCGACAAAAGGUGAACAAUGCCUCUGUUGUGCCCGUAUUUCCUCCGCCUAUUGUCGUUGCCAAGGGAGGAGACACUGGCAUUCUCACAGCAUUUGAUUUGCUAUCAGGCCAACAACGCUCUCACGCACACGCAUCUCGACAGCAACGAUUGCUUUUACCAGACACAGCACCACAGGGCCUCAGUCCCUCUGUCAUUUUACAAGAGCGAGAGAAGCGCAUAGAACAACGAGCCGAGCAAAAGCUGAUUGAUCUGGAGGCCAUGAUGGACGAAGAUAAGGAUCAGCGAGGACAACCUUUAGGCUAUUUGUUGAACGAAUACUACGAUGAUACAGUGAGAACUGCUUCACCAGAACGAUUGCAGUCGAUUGUACAGCUCAAAUCAUUGCAGUUGCGAGAUAAGCAGCAAAAACUACGCGAGGAAAUUGUAAAGAACAUGGAAGAAGCCAAUCGUCUGGCUAAUUCAGUGGAUCGUACGGCGUAUCGUAAAAUCAUGAAGCAGACGUUGCGUGAAGCGAGAUUGACCGAGAAACUGGAAAAGCAACAACGCAUUGAUCGAGAAAAGAAGGAAAAGCAGCGUCAUUUAGACUACUUGCAAAGUGUGUGUAAUCAAGGCCGCGAUCUGAUUGCCUGGCACAAAUCGCACCAGGCCAAGAUGGGAAAAUUGGGCAAGGCCAUUUUGCAGUUCCAUGCGCAUAUUGACAAGGAGGAACAGCGACGCUCGGAUAAGCGAUCCAAGGACCGUAUCAGAGCUUUGCGAAACGAUGAUGAGGAAGCCUACAUGAAGCUGAUUGAUGAAGCCAAGGAUACGCGUUUGACCUUGCUAUUGAAACAAACUGGCACGUAUCUCGAGUCGUUGACCAAGGCUGUGGUGGAUCAACAGACGGAAAACAUGAAUUUCGAGGCAGACGAGAAUGAGGAAGAAGUAGACGAAGAGAUGAUCCUGACUGAUAGUCAUGGCAACAAGGUGGACUACUUUAGAAUGGCACAUCGUAUCCAAGAAACUGUGUCUCAGCCUAGUAUUAUGACAGGCGGUACACUCAAAGAGUAUCAGAUCAAGGGCUUGCAAUGGAUGGUGUCCCUCUACAACAACAGGCUGAACGGUAUCUUGGCUGAUGAAAUGGGUCUGGGUAAGACCAUUCAAACCAUCAGUCUUGUCACCUACUUGAUCGAGAAGAAGCAGCAGAAUGGCCCCUAUUUGAUCAUUGUGCCCUUAUCCACACUUACCAACUGGUCUCUUGAAUUUGAAAAGUGGGCGCCUUCUGUCUCCAUGAUUUGCUACAAGGGAACUCCUGAUAUCCGUAAAAACAUUCAAAAGAAGCAGAUCAGACACAGAGACUUCCAAGUGCUGCUGACGACAUUUGACUAUAUCAUCAAGGACAGACCUGUGUUAUCCAAGAUCAAGUGGCAAUACAUGAUCAUUGAUGAAGGCCAUCGUCUCAAGAACACACAGUCCAAGCUAAACAUGGUGCUGCGUCAGUACUAUUAUGCUCGUUAUCGUUUGAUUCUGACUGGUACUCCUCUUCAGAACAACUUGCCUGAACUAUGGGCUCUGCUCAAUUUCACACUGCCCAAGAUUUUCAACUCGGUCAAAUCGUUCGAGGAGUGGUUCAACACGCCGUUUUCCAACCAGGGUGUUCAGGACAAGGUGGAGUUGAACGAAGAGGAGCAGCUAUUGAUUAUCAAACGUCUACACAAGGUAUUGAGACCCUUCUUGCUGAGACGUUUAAAGAAAGACGUGGAAUCAGAACUGCCAGACAAGGUGGAAACAGUGAUCAAGUGUAAAUUAUCUGCAUUACAAGCAAGGCUGUAUUCUCAAAUGAAGAAAUAUGGUGUGCUGUUUGGCAGUAAUUCAAAUAAUGGAAAAACUAGCAUCAAGGGCUUGAACAAUGCAAUCAUGCAAUUGCGAAAGAUAUGUAACCAUCCCUUUGUGUUUGAGGAGGUGGAGCGAGUGAUUAAUCCCUACAAGGCCAGUAAUGAGCUUCUGUAUCGAGUGUCUGGAAAGUUUGAUUUGCUGGACCGCAUCUUGCCCAAACUGCGAGCCACAGGACAUCGGGUCCUCAUCUUUUUCCAAAUGACCCAAAUUAUGGACAUUAUGGAGGAUUUCUGUAUAUACCGAGGCUAUCGCCACUUGCGUCUUGAUGGCUCCACCAAAUCUGAUGACCGAUCCAAUUUACUACAAGUAUUCAAUGCCCCUGAUUCACCCUAUUUCAUGUUCUUGCUCAGUACAAGAGCAGGCGGCCUAGGUCUCAAUUUACAGACAGCUGAUACUGUCAUUAUCUUUGAUUCAGAUUGGAAUCCCCAUCAAGAUCUUCAGGCCCAAGAUCGUGCUCAUCGUAUCGGCCAAACCAAGGAGGUGCGCAUUUUUAGAUUGAUUACAGAGGAUUCCGUAGAGGAAAACAUUUUGGCCCGUGCUCAGUACAAGCUGGACAUUGACGGCAAGGUCAUUCAGGCUGGUAAAUUUGAUCACCGUAGUACAGAAGAGGAUCGUGAGGCCUUUUUGAGAUCCUUGUUGGAAGAUAAGGGCGGUUCAUCAGACGAACCCAAUGAAGCCGAAGAGGAAAGCGACGAGCUGGAUGAUGAAGAGCUUAAUACGAUUUUAAAACGUUCUGAUCAAGAAUUUGCUAUAUUCACAAAAAUGGACCUGGAGAGACAGCGAGUGGAUGCAGAGGAAUGGCGUCGCAAGUACGGUGAUAAUGGCAAGAAGCCUGAACGACUGAUUCAAGAUUGGGAGUUGCCUGAUAUCUACCGCUAUGACCAAAUGGCUGAGCACACAAAGAAGCAAGAGACAUCUAUCAUGGGCAGAGGCCAGCGCUCCAGAGACAGUGUGCGUUACGAUGACGGUAUGACUGAAAAACAAUGGCUGCGACAAUUCGAAGACAAAAAUGAGGCUUCCUUGUCAUCUGUGGAUUCAGAUGAUAGGGCCGCUAAGCGAACUAAAUUUAACAAUUAA